AUGUCGGCCAACCUGCUCUCCAACAUUCCUCUCUCCUUCUCCGCCCCCUCGAUAGAUCAGCCGUUUGGCGUGAAGCUAUGGCCUAUCUUCGACUCCGUCUACACCUCUAUCAUGGGCUACUCGGCAGAUGAUUUCCGGUUCGUCAUCGAUCAGACGCCCAUGUCGACCCUCAAGGCUACCACCAUCGCCCUGAUAUCCUACUAUGUCAUCAUCUUUGGUGGCCGUGAGCUCAUGCGCAGCCGUCCGGCCAUGAAGUUGAACGGUCUGUUCAUGGUACACAAUUUCAUCUUGACAGUGGUCAGCUUCCUCCUACUGGUUCUCUACAUUGAACAAUUGCUGCCCACUUUGGUCCGGAAGGGUACUUUCCAUGCCAUUUGCCACUACGAAGGUGGUUGGACUAAGCCCUUGGUUCUCCUCUACUACUUGACCUACCUCACCAAGUAUCUCGAAUUGCUUGACACCGUCUUCCUGGUCCUCAAGAAGAAGCCACUUACAUUCCUUCAUACCUAUCACCAUGGCGCUACUGCUCUACUCUGCUACACACAGCUUAUCGGCUCCACGGCUGUCUCCUGGGUGCCCAUCACCCUCAACCUGGUCGUCCAUGUCGUCAUGUACUGGUACUACUUCCAGAGCGCUCGUGGAAUCCGUAUCUGGUGGAAAGAGUGGAUCACCCGUCUGCAGAUCGCACAGUUCGUUAUCGACCUAGGAUUUGUUUACUUUGCCUCUUACACCUACUUUACCUCGACCUACUGGCCCUGGUUGCCCAAUGCAGGAAAGUGCGCAGGUGAAGAAUUCGCUGCAUUUUCUGGUCUCAUCAUCCUCUCCUCAUACCUCCUUCUCUUCAUCUCCUUUUACCUCGCCACCUACAAGAAGGGAGCCAAGUCUGGUCGCCCACGCCGCAAUACUGGAUCGCAAGCUGCUCUUGCCAUGAAGAACAUGGAAGUUCCCCAUGUUGGCAGCCAUUCUGCUCCUGUCGCCUCCAACGGUUCCACCAACGGAAGUGCUUCCAACGGAAACGCUACCACCACUGCCCGAGCCAACGGACCUGUCACCAGGUCAAGAAAGGCAUAG